AUGCAGUUGAAGUCCAUCCUUUUCGCUUUGGCUUUCAGUGCCUUCGCCCAGGCCGCUACUAUUCAUGGCUACUCCGAAAAGGAUUGCAAGGGCGGCAACCCAUCGGAUUCGAGUAGCUCGAAAACGGAUACUUGUCUGACCUUGGAUUCGAGCAGUUCCAAGUCUCUUAAGGGUUCACCUGGCGACUAUGUCCUCACGGCGUUUGCGGAAUCGGAUUGUAAUGGCAACGGCUUUGCCCUGCCGCCCGGCAAGUGCAUCAACGGCGACAAGUUCACUACCUACGAGGUCCAAUUUAUUCCCAUCGCCAAGCGAAGCAACGCAACGGCCCUGCUGGAGUUGUACGCCGACUACUACGCUGAAUUUCCCGAGGAGGCCGAGGAGCUUAAACGCCAGCUGAACGAAGCGUAG